AUGUUCCGCCGACUACUCAAGAUGGCUGAAGAAAGUGCAGCGAAGAAGCUCAAGAUGUCUUCUCCUUUGAUCGGCACGCAUAACGGCCACUUCCAUGCCGAUGAAGCUCUCGCCGUCUACCUACUCCGCCUUCUGCCUCUAUAUUCCUCUUCACAGCUCGUCCGCACCAGAGACCCGGCGGUUCUGGCAACAUGCCAUACCGUUGUCGAUGUUGGUGGGGAAUACGAGGCAGGGAGCAACCGCUACGACCAUCACCAAAGGACGUUUUCGACGACGUUUCCGGGACAUGAAACCAAGCUGUCCUCCGCCGGGCUGGUCUACAUGCACUUUGGGCGAGCUAUUAUCGCGCAGCACACGUCGUUGCCGCUAGAUGACCCUAAUGUCACUCUACUGUACGAGAAGCUCUACACCGACUUCAUCGAGGCCAUCGACGCCAAUGACAACGGUGUUUCUGUCUACGACCCUGCAGCCUUGGGGGCUGCCAAUCUUUCGAAACGAUUCAAGGAUGGUGGAAUCACCAUCGCUUCCGUGGUCGGCGACAUGAAUCAUUCGGACCCGACCAAUCCCACCGGCCAGCCGCAGGAUGAGGAUACUCUCUUCGCUGCAGCCAGCAGAUUUAUUGGCGAAGUCUUCCUCCGCAAACUGCACCUAGCCAGCUCAAACUGGCUGCCUGCACGGACCACCGUCGGCGCUGCCUACCAAUCCCGGGCGGAGGUCCAUUCAUCCGGCCGGAUUAUCGUCCUGCCCCAGGGCGGUGUCCCCUGGAAGGAACAUCUUUACAACUUUGAGAUGGAGGCCUCGCCUGCGGGAAGCAGCGAGAUUGAUCCUCUCCAGAAGGUCUACUACGUGCUGUACCCGGAGAGUGCCGCCGAAGGGGCGAAAUGGCGUGUGCAGUGCGUCUCCCUCUCUGAAGGGAGCUUCGAGUCGCGGAAACCCUUGCCUGAGACAUGGCGUGGUGUGCGGGACACGGACCUGGAUGCUCUCAUGACUACAGAGGCCGAACAGGCGGGCAAGUCCAAGAUUCCGGAGGGGGCAGUCUUUGUGCACGCCAGUGGUUUCAUCGGCGGCCACAAGACAAAAGAAGGAGCCCUGGCCAUGGCCGUUAGAAGUCUGGAAUUAUGA